AUGGUGCUCGCGGCUCUUCAUACUCAUCAUCAAGACGGGUUUGCUUCACAUGAGCCGUAUAGUCAUCAGCAUUUCUCACGACCCCCCGAACGACAAGCCCACACGGGUGCGCCGCAGCAGGCAGCUCAUCCAUCGAACUCGUCAUGGAUGCCAAAUCUCAUUGGGCCGGAGCGUGAUUCAGACGUAGACUCUAUGGCUUUCAGCCUCGAGGUACGUCAACAACCACGAGCUGCUCGAGCAUGCGGCUUUGGAGACAGGGACAGACGAGUCAUUGAUCCUCCGCCGAUUGUACAGCUCAGGGUCGACGGGCCUGGCUUGUCCGAUGAAGAAAAGCGAGCAUAUCUACGGUACUCGAACUAUGUGAUGAACUGCAGCAUCUUGGAUGAAUCUGGAAGAGAUGCAUCUUACAUGCCCGACGAGUACAACCAUCAACGCCGGCUUAUGGGCUCAUUGGUAGCGACAUCCUUCGUUGGAGAUGAUGAUCAGGGUGAAGAGGGUUGUUUCUUCUGCUUUUCCGAUCUUUCUUGCCGAACACCCGGCACCUUUCGGUUGGUUUUCAGACUCUUGAUGAUUGAUCCCGCCCGCGCCGCCAUUAUUCGACAUUUCCCGAUGCUCACUGAAACAAAGACGGACAUAUUCCAGGUCUACAGUGCAAAGGAAUUUCCUGGCAUGGUUGCUAGCAGUGCUCUCGCUAAAAAGCUCAAAGAGCAAGGAUGCAUUAUUUCAAUCAAGAAGGGAAACGACAGGGCAAGAACACGAGGGGGAGAUGACGAAGACGACGAUUGA